AUGGAUGAAAUUACAACAAAUAUCUUCCUAGGAAACAUUUUAGCUGCAACUAAUGAAAACAUGCUUAAAGAGGUCGGGAUUAAAAACAUUCUCAGAGUUUUAGACAAUGAGAAAGUUGACUUAUUAAGUGGAUUUUAUUAUUUUUAUUUGAAAGUGAAGGAUAAAGAAACAGAAGACAUUGCGAAGCAUUUUGAUAAAGCAAUCGAAUUUAUUGAUUUUUCGGUUAAUAGGAAUGAAAAAAUUCUUGUUCAUUGCUAUGCAGAGGGUAGUAUACAGCCAGAUCUCCCUCCUUAG